CCGACACCUCCAACCCAGCAGAAGUCACACCUAUAUGAGUACCCUUCUUUACAGGCACAAUCUUCAAUGCAUAAUGCUCAGUUGCAAUCUUACGUUCAAUCUAGGGCCUCAAACGUACCUAAUAACAAUAUCAUCAACAACAACAAAUUAAGAAGACGAACGAUGGAUACUUCUUUCCCUGGUGAUGAAUACACUGAAGCUUAUUAUGAUGAAUUACAAUACAACGAGAUUCAAUCUGGUUUGAAAGGUUUCGAUCCAUUUUCAAUUGUUAAGCCUCAACUCAUAAAAGAUCUGGCUGUGCAAUUCAAAGAUAACGUUCCUAGAGGCACACAUGUUAAGGGUUCAGUUCCUUUUGAGACAUCCUUUACUGGUAAAGAUAUUGUCUCGACGAUCAGGGAAUUAUUUCCUACGGUGGUUAGGAAUUCAUCAGCAUCGAGGUCCUUGGCUGUUCAGGUCGCUCGUACAUUACAAUCUCAGUUGUAUUUCUUCGAAGUGGAGUUUAACAUGACCUUAGUCACGGAUGAUGUUCAAGAGAUUUUCGUUUUUCCUGACGAAGUUGGCUUGCAAGGCGCUGGAAGUGAUGAGAUACCGACUGGUGUCUUUACGGCUUUGACUCCUUGUUAUAGUUUAAUGUGUCCAGGUGAUGAAACAUGUUAUUCGUACACUUGCCCUUAUAGAGCAAAGAAGGCUCUUCAUCUUGUUUCAGCAACUGAAAUACCACAUUCAGAAGACAUAAUAGAUGAAGAAUUCAAGGAUUGGACUGAGCAAGUUGAACCAGAAUUACUUGUCACCCUCGAUGAUCAAGAACGUGAACGCCAAUCGGUCAUUCAACAAGCACUCGAAUCAGAGAUCCAAUAUGUUGAAGCUUUGGACGUUGUAGAGUCGUUAUAUAUCGAGCCUUUGCGGAUGGUCAAGCCAAAUAUCAUACCAGUGGAAAGGUUGGAGUCAUUCAUUGAAGCAACAUUUGAUGGUCUUCUAAGUCUUCGAGAGCGUAAUCGACGUCUCGUCGAGCAAUUUAAAGUAAGGCAGAGGGAACAAUCAGGAUUGUUGGAAGCUGCGGGUGAUAUUUUCCUUAGUUCAUUUAUAGAAUGGGAAGAUUGUUAUCCAGAUUACAUUGGUAGUUUACCUACUAUUGAAUCUAUGAUUAGGGAAGAGCAAGGAUUGAAUGAUCAAUUUAGCGAAUUCUUACUCGAGUGUGAACGCAAACCAGAAGCUCAAGGGAUGGAUUUGAUCACUCAUCUGCAAAGACCUGCUCAUAGAUUGGGUAGAUAUGCAGUAUACUUGAAUGCAAUCCUUAAAGAGACACCAGAGGGUCAUCCAGAUUGUGGAUAUCUUGUUGAAGGUAUGAAAGCAGUCAAGAGGUUAACAGAUUUGGGUACAUUGGUAUCUUGGCAGUUAUCUGAUCCAAAUCAUUCGCAUAUACAAGGAUGGACAGACUUAGUUGAGCCUGAAGUAAUAAUGAAUCUUGAUAAGAAGGAAAUUGAAAGACAGAAUAACAUUUUUGAAUUAAUACGGACUGAAAUGGGUUAUGUUAAAGAUUUAGAGAGAUUCACAACGGUCUUCAUACGUCCAUUGAGAGAUGCUAAGGAUUCAAUUAUACCAAAUCAUAGAAUAGAUCAUUUCAUUUAUGAAGUAUUCGGUAAUCACGUUGAUUUAUUUGAAUUACAUAAUACUCUAGUGAAAGAAUUACAUAAGAGACAAAGGGAACAACAUCCAAUAAUUGACUCUAUAACAGAUUGUGUUCUUAAAGUUGCCUUAAAUUGGGAUGAAGCUUAUGAGACCUACAUGCCACAUUAUCCAUAUGCAAAAAAUGCGUACGAUGAGGAAAUAAUGCUAAAUGAAAGAUUCGUUGAAUUCGUUGCGGCAUGCAGAAGAUUACCUGAAUGUAGAAGGCAAGACUUAUCUGCAUUCUUGUUCUUACCUCCGCAGCGUUUACCUAGAUAUCCCUUGCUUCUAGGUGAUAUAUUAAAACACACUAAGGAUGAUCAUCCUGAUAAGAUCAACAUUGAUGAAGUUAUUGAUUUGAUUAAGUCGAAAAUCAAAGAAAUCAACGUCAAUGUUGGUGUCGCUACGGAGAAAGUCAAAUUGAGGAAUUAUUCAAAGAUCAUUAUACAUCGUGACGGUUCUCAAAAUGGACUUGAUCUUGCGAAUGAUGCACGCACGCUUGUUCAUGAAGAUACUGUUAUUAGACAUUCUGAAGGCACAACUUCAAUGACUACGAGUAACUCUGAUAUCAAGAUGAUGUUAUUCGAUCACUAUCUUGUUCUCUGUAAGGAAAAACGGGUUGACAAGGUAGCUGGUCGACGAGUCUUUUACAUUUGGAAGCGGCCUAUCCCACUUGACUUGCUCACUCUUAAUGACUUCAAUGGAUCGCCACUCAAGCAAACCAGCCGUAUACGUGGUGCACUAGGAAGAGGAGCAAAUGAUGAAGAGAGUGGAUUGAUAUAUCCUUUCUCCUUCAUUGCGCUUUGUAGACCACGUCUAGAGUACACUUUGUUCACAGAUGACCCUCAAAAACGUCAGAGAUGGCAAGAAAAACUUGAGGAAGCAUUAUUCUUACAUUCACAAGUACAAGAAGAGACUAACAAAGUAUUUGAAGCUGUUCCACUCAGCAUUGACACGUUCCCAGCAACGAGAUCGGCCGGUGCAUUCGAGGAUAACCCAUUGACUGGAAAAGUUACCUGCUCUGUACCAUUUAAAACCAAUGACGGUAGAAGACUAGUAGCUAUUGGAUGUGCAGAAGGUCUUUGGAUUGGAUUACGUGGAGAACCAACGUCUCUAAGAAGAGUAUUACAUCUGAAAAACGUGACACAAUGUGCUGUCUUAGAGGAAUUCGGAAUGUUUAUCGUUCUGGCUGAUAAAAUAUUAGUCGCAUACUCUGUCGAAGCUUUAGUACCUUCUGCAUCUACAAUUCAGAACGGUGGAUCAAACUUAUCACGUACACCUCAGAAAUUGUCUGGUACAAAGGAUGUUGCUUUCUUCACUGUUGGAAAGUUACAUGAUAGGACAUUGGUUAUAUUCAUGAAACGCAAAGGAAUAGAUUCCGUGUUUAGAGCUUUGGAACCAGUAUCUGAGAGGAUGUUAGCUGAGAGAGCACCAGUCAAUGCUUUCAAUAGAUUGCUGACCGGUGGUAAAUCUGGCUGGUUUGAAAACUAUCAGGUGUUCUUCAUACCAUCUGAAGCAACAGAUUUGCUUUUCUUGAGAGCAAAAUUAGCGAUUAUAUGCAAAAGAGGAUUUGAAAUAAUGGAUUUAGAAACUCUUAAAGGAGGAUCUAUACCCGACUUCACUAAUGCUAAAAAUCAAAGAGAUCCACAAAUAUCAGCGCUUGGAAAGAAAUGUGAUGACGCUACUGCUCUUGCUAUAUUCAAAUCAGGUGAUCAGGAGUUCUUACUGAUUUACCAACAAUUUGGAUUCUUCGUAGACAGACAUGGUGACCCUCAUAGAUUGGAAUGUUUCACUGAAUGGGAGGGUAAACCAGAAUCAGUAUCAUGUCAUCCACCGUAUAUAUUGCUCUUCGACUCUGAAUUCAUCGAAGUACGUGAAAUGGAAACACUAAACUUGGUACAAGUUGUCAAGGGCAAUGAAAUACAUAGAACUUGGGGUGGAAUUGGACUCUCACCUCACGCAAUCUCACCUAAUGGUUGGGUACAUUCACCUGAGGCACUCGGAGAAUCGAGAUGUCAUUUCGUUAUGCGCGUAGAUAGCGAGCAAAGACUAUCACAAGGGCAGAGAGGUAAUUCCUCUCAAAGGGUAUUUGAAUUACAGCCAAUUUGGCACUACAAUCAAGCUGAUUCUUCGCAGUUAUAUCAGUCGACUGCCCCUUAUAGAAACUAUGUUUCAAGAGCAUAGAAGGCAGUUUCAAAAUUGGAGAAUUUUUAGAAUUUACGUUUACUAUACUUUUCUUUUAAAAUACUACUGAUUAAUGAACGUAAUGUAUUUUU